AUGUUCGACGUACAGCAUCUUCAAGAGAUUCUCAAUAAAGCUCAUGUUUGUUUUGAUGAAGGUCGAUUAGAAUUUAUACCUGAUGUAUCACCAUCUAUUGGCUUAUUUCAUCAAAACGUUUUACGUUGCACCAAGUGUCUUAAAGAGACACCUAUGUCAAAUUUUCCAAUAGUACAUCCUAUUGAAUCAGAACAACAGGAACCAAAUAAGCGUUUAAUUUUGGCUGCCGCAACAACAGUUGUUGGUUAUCGUACAACAAAAGCAAUUAUGUCAUCAUUAUGUUUAUCUAUACAAAGUGAAAGAACGUUUUUAUAUCAAUUGCAUAAGCAUUACGAUUCUUUACAUGAUUAUGCACAAGAACAUUUUAAAAAAAUCAUCAACAAAAUAAAGUAUAGAAGCAACAAUACACAAGAGAUAAUGGACAUAACCGUGUCAAUUGAUGGUACAUGGAAACGUAGAGGUCAUAUAUCAAAUUUUGGUAUUGUCUUUGUAAUUGAUGUUCAAUCAGGUAUGUGUAUUGAUUAUGAGGUUAUGUCGUUAUUAUGUGAAGCAUGUGUUAUGAAAAAAGCAAAAUUAUCAAAAACACAAUUUAUUAAAUGGUAUAAAAAACAUCAAACACUUUGUCACAAAAAUUAUGAUGGAACAUCAAAAUCAAUGGAAAAAGAAGGUACAAUACGAUUAUUUCAAAGAUCGUUGACCAAUGGUCUUCGAUACAAAUAUAUGGUAUGUGAUGGUGAUGCAUCAGCAUUUGAAGCCAUAAAAUUUUAUUAUGUUCAACAACAACAACAAACAUCUUCAAGACAAGGUAAGCUAAUUUCAAUGGAUGAAUAUCAUAAGAUAAAUUAUGCUGCAUUUAAAGGUGGUGCUGAAUCACCAGAUUAUAAUAAUUUUGAACGUGGUAAAGGUUUUGAAGGUGAAGAACUACAAGAUGAUGAUGUUAAACUUGAUGCAGUUUGUUUUGGAAGUGAAACUCGUAGA